AUGUCCAUCUAUAGUUCCCUACCUGCGCCAAAAUACUCGGACCCGGAAAUCAUGUACGCCUUCUACCAAAGGUUAUUCCCGUUUCGAACCCUCUUUCAAUGGCUCAACCAUUCGCCAACCCCGUCGAAUGAUUUCGGUCACCGCGAGUUUGCAUUCACGCUUCAGAAUGAUGCAUAUCUCCGUUACCAGGCCUUUCCGACCGCUGACCUUCUACGCAAAGAAGUCCUUCGACUGAACCCAUCCCGUUUCGAAAUAGGCCCUGUAUACACCACCAACCCGCGAGAACGCAAGACACUUCGAAAAGCGAGCGCAUUCCGGCCACUGGCCAAGGAGCUCGUCUUUGAUAUCGACUUGACAGACUACGACGAGAUCCGAACAUGUUGCGACAAGGCCAACAUUUGCCAUAAAUGCUGGUCCUUUGUCACCAUGGCCAUCAAGGUCGUGGAUGCCGCGCUCAAGGACGAUUUCGGCUUCAAGCACAUUAUGUGGGUGUACUCUGGUCGUCGUGGUGCUCACGCAUGGGUCUGCGAUCGCCGCGCCAGAGAAAUGGACGACCAAAAACGAAAAGCCAUAGCGGGGUAUCUCGAACUCAUCCGUGGCGGCGCCCAGACUAGUAAAAAAGUCAACAUUCGUCGGCCUUUGCAUCCUCACAUUGCCCGCAGCCUCGACAUUCUCAAAGCCCACUUCCAAACCGACAUCCUGACCGACCAAGACCCCUGGCAAUCCGACGAGCGUUUCGCAACCUUGCUCAAACUCCUCCCCGACAAGUCCCUCAACGAGUCGCUCCGCAAGAAAUGGGAAUCCUCACCCAACCGGCCCAGCACCAGUAAAUGGGCCGACAUUGACUCUCUUGCCAAGACGGGCGCGAGCCGCUCUCUCGAUAGGAAGGCCCUGCUUGAAGCCAAACAAGAUAUCGUGCUCGAAUAUACAUACCCCCGUCUCGAUGUCGAAGUCAGUAAGAAACUUAUCCAUUUGCUCAAAUCCCCGUUUGUCGUGCAUCCAGGUACAGGCCGCGUUUGUGUCCCGAUUGACACGCGCCGGCUGGAGGAGUUUGAUCCGCUGGGCGUCCCGACCGUGACGCAGCUGUUGGAUGAGAUUGAUGAGUGGGAUCGCAGGGAGGGGGCGGUGGGUGGUGGAAAUGGUAGCCAGGGAAAUGGUAGCCAAGGGAAUGGAAAUGACGAUCCCGCUAAUAGUCAAGAACGACGGCUUCAAGACUACGAAAAAACAAGUCUCAAGCCCUAUGUCGAUUACUUUAGAGCAUUCGUUGCCUCGUUGCUCAAGGACGAAAAGGUGCUCAAGCGGGAACGUAAUGAGGGCGGGGCUGAUGCCAUGGAGUUUUAG